AUGGCACGCACGUUCUCGAUCGUUCCGUCGAGGAACGCCCACGACACGUUCCGCAAAGGCGUCGUUGCAAUCCAGAUCACAUUCCCCAUCACAGCGCUGCCGACGACCCUCAUCGCGUCCGCCACUUCGAACUCUAUCGCCCAGUUCGCCAGUUUUGCCCAUUUCGCAAACGCCCCCAACAUCGCCAUCGACUGUCAAGUGGCAUCGCCACAACAGCAGCUCCUGCAGACCGUUAGCCGUUAG